AUGACAGAUUCCGACCAAUCACUGCCAAACGUACCUCCAGGUAUUGACCCCGAAGUCCAGGCAAGAAUUGAUACACUCCUCGCGCAGCAUCCGACAGCGAACAUUACUAGAACGAUUGCUGGGGUGGUUGAGGAUAAUGAUAGUAUUGGUUCAUAUUUUGGCCCUACAACCGCACCGCCUCUUGCUCCUUCGAUACCGCCAUCCACUCUUUUCAAGCGAGCCAUUUCCUACAUAGGCAACUAUUUCUCCGCCUCGCCCACGAUCAUCGAGUACUCCGACGCAGAGAUCAAGAAGACAACUCAAGUCUGCGUCAAGGCGCAAAAAUGUUUUGUGUCGAGUGUACCAACCCAGGGUCUGGUUGUCAAGGUUGCCGCUGUUCUCACUGAAUCCAGCCCGACUGGUGUGAAUGUAGGAGAGUAUGGGCUUGAAGAGAAACCUGUAGAGAUCCUGGCAAAGCAAAAGCGCGUCAGGGAGAUUAAGAGAGGGUUAAGAUGCUAUGUUGUGGAGGACGCAUAUAGGAAGGAGAUCAGAGUCGCUUUGGCGAGGCUGAGCAGAUAG